AUGAUAAUUUAUCUAAUAUUUAUUCCUUUUUAAUUUACAUUGGCUAAUUGGGAUAUAUCUAUCCAAUAUUCUACUUUAUGUAAUUGCCGAUAGAUAUCAGAUCCAACCUUAUGCAGCUCAAGUUAAUUUUGUUAGCUUGAUGUGGAUUUCGAAUGUAUUGAUGUGCUUGAUUACAACUGUUCUUAUUUCAAUGAAUAGACAGUUCUUUAUCUCUGUUCACAAUUAGAUAGAUGCUAUUUAAAUAAUGGUCAAUGUGUGGAAUUGGAUAAUUGUACAGAAUUGAAAGGAUCAACAAAUCAAGAAUGCUACUCAUAAUCUCAUAGAUGUGGCACAACUAUUAAUAAUAUAUGUUAGUUAACUUAAUGUGAUAGUUAUUUAGAGGAAAGUGAAUGCAACAAUUCAAUAUUUAAUAUCCGAUUUGAUAACGUAGGUUAUGGAAAUGUUUGUUAUUGGAACGAUCACAUUUCGUCAUGCCAAAAUUUGCUUUGCGAAAAUGUAUCUAUAGAUUAAUGUUAAUAAUAUACAAAUUUAUGUCAAAUUGUAAACAAUCUAUGCACAUGGGCCACCUGCUAAAACUCAUCUCCAGAGGAUUGUACUUUUGUAUGGGAAGGUUCUCAAAGAAAUGUUAUUUAGCCCUGCUUAUUAGUUGAUGGAAUUUGUUAAAAUGCAAAUAGUGCUAAAUAGCUGAACCAAUAAGAUUGCACCUAAAAUACACUAUAUACUUACAUAUAUACAUAAGAUACUUGCUAGCAAUGUUCAAAUUCAAAUUACUUUGAAUUUUAACUAUUACUGAUCAUCAUCUUAUUUAAUUGA